GGCACUUUAAAAGAUUCCGCUCAGGUCGCGGCUGCGGUCGCUAGGAGUUUGCGUUCAGAGGCUGAGACCGGCGCUGGGGAGCGGCUGUAACGGGCAGCGGCGGCGGGACAUGGGUUGCUCCGAGUGCUGUGUGCGUUGCCUCAGGGGAGUGCCCUUUGCGUCUCUCAUUGCCACCAUGUUGUGCUUCGUGGGGGUGGCUGUGUUCUGCGGCUGUGGGCAUGAGGCUCUGGCGGGCACAGAGAAGCUGAUUGAGCAGCACUUUGCCCAGAACUUUAUGGACUACGCCCUCCUGGUGACCCUGGUUCAGGUCUUCCAGUACGUCAUCUAUGGAACGGCCUCCUUCUUCUUCCUGUACGGCGUGUUGCUCCUGGCCGAGGGAUUCUACACCACCAGCGCCGUCAAGGCCCUCUUUGGAGAGUUCAGGACCACCAUGUGUGGCCGGUGUGUCAGCGCCACUUUCAUCUUGCUGACCCACGGGGUGAUGGUGGUGUGGAUGGCGGUCUUUGCCCUCUCUGCGCUGCCAGUCUACGUUUACUUCACCAUGUGGUCAGCGUGCCAGAUGGUCAAGCGGGUGACGGAGAAUGGGACCGGCUUCGAGGAGGUGUGCGUCGACGUCCGGCAGUAUGGGAUCCUGCCCUGGAACGCCAGCCCUGGGAAGAUCUGUGGGGCAAACCUGGCCGUUGUCUGCAACACGUCUGACUUGGAGUUGACCUAUCACCUCUUCAUCGCAACCUUCGCAGGAGCUGCAGCUACAACCAUCGCAUUGCUCACAUACAUGAUGGCUGCCACCUAUAACUACGCUGUUCUGAAGUUUCUCAGCCGGGACAACUGUUGCACCAAGUUCUAACCCGCCUGCACCCCCCCUCACUGCCCCCCCCCCUCACUGCCCCCCUCCUCUGCACAACGUAAUGGGGAAAGCUCUCUGCUCUGUGUGGUGCUUCCUGAUGUCUGAUGUGCGGCCUAACACCAUGGUUCCUGUAACUCCACUCACCCGGGACAGUGGACUAGACACCUUGCCUCUAACAAUGGAGCACUUCUAACCACUGGUGUAGCAUUAAAACAAGAACCCUGUGCAUUCUAACACAAUGCAGAGACAAGCGUGACAACAGAAUGUCGGACUAGUUAUUGGUAAAUGUGCUUUGUACGUGAUGGUGGAUUCUGCUUUCUGACCAGAUUAACCUGUCUAUCACCGCGGUGACCCCUGGUCACCACUGACAAUAAAGCCAUGGGCAUGGCGAGAGCUGAUGACGAA